UCUCUUCCUGAACUUAUGAUUGGCCUACAGGUUUUAAUCCCACAUGAGGGGGUGGAGCCCCCUGUGAGCAGAGAGUGAAAAGCUCUUAAACUAGAGACCUUCAGCAAGAAGGCAGAGCAGCUUUUCCACAGCUCAUUUGCUUCUGGCAAAGAUUAACAAGCUAGCAGAAAGAUGGCGAGCUCUUUCACACGUUUGAUCUCCAGCCGUAACACGGCCGUGCUGUUGGCCAGUUUGGGAGCGGGAACAAUGGCGACCGGCUUCUUAUUGAGUGAAAACGGCUCAUUGGCUGCCGAGGCGAAGAAGAAACUCUAUCCUCCCAGCUCUGACUUCCCUGACCUGAGGAAGCACAAUAACUGCAUGGCCUCAGCUCUGACUCCAGCCAUUUAUGCCAGACUGAGGGACAAGGUCACCCCCAACAACUGGACACUGGACCAGUGCAUCCAAACUGGAGUGGACAACCCAGGACACCCUUUCAUCAAGACGGUGGGCUGCGUGGCUGGUGAUGAGGAGAGCUACGAGGUGUUUGCCGAACUCUUCGACCCCGUCAUCAAAGACAGGCACAACGGCUACGACCCCAGAACCAUGACACACCCCACUGACCUGGAUGCCUCCAAGGUAACCAGCGGCAUGUUCGAUGAGAAUUACGUUCUGUCGUCCCGUGUCCGGACUGGCCGCAGUAUCCGGGGCCUGAGCCUCCCCCCGGCCUGUUCGAGGGCCGAGCGGCGUGAGGUGGAGCGGGUGACGGUGACGGCUCUGGCCGGCCUGAAGGGAGACCUGGCCGGACGCUACUACAGCCUGGGAGAUAUGACGGAGAAGGAGCAGCAGCAACUCAUUGAUGACCACUUCUUGUUUGACAAGCCUGUCUCUCCAUUGUUGACAUGUGCCUUUAUGGCCAGAGACUGGCCGGACGCCAGGGGCAUCUGGCACAACAAUGAGAAGACCUUCCUGAUCUGGGUGAAUGAGGAGGACCACACCAGAGUCAUCUCCAUGGAGAAGGGAGGCAACAUGAAGAGAGUGUUUGAGAGAUUCUGCAGAGGACUCAAACAGGUGGAGCAUCUGAUCCAGGAGAGAGGCUGGGAAUUCAUGUGGAACGAGAGACUGGGCUACAUCCUCACAUGUCCCUCCAACCUGGGCACCGGCCUCAGGGCGGGCGUGCAUGUUCGCCUGCCGAAACUCAGCAAGGACCCACGUUUCUCCAAAAUCCUCGACAACCUGCGGCUGCAGAAAAGAGGCACAGGGGGAGUGGACACGGCCGCUACUGGAGACACCUUUGACAUUUCCAACAACGACCGUCUGGGCAAAUCUGAGGUGGAGCUGGUCCAGCUGGUGAUUGAUGGGGUCAACUACCUGAUUGAGUGUGAGAAGAGGCUGGAAAAGGGACAAGACAUCAAAAUCCCAGCUCCCAUCCUCCAGUUCAGGAAGUAAAAGCUGGACUUGAAAUCACACGUCAGUGUGAAAAGGAGGGUGGUUCUCUGCGCCCUCCCAGAGCCGACGGAGAAGCUCAGAACCACACCCGUCCGCUGCCACACAGGAAGUUGUUUCCUUAUUCCUCCUAAAAAGAUUGCAAAUAGUUAGGGUAACCUAAUCUUAGACAUGAAGUGCAGUUAGGGGAGAAUUCUACCUCAGGUUAAGGUCUUCACUGUAACCCUGACUCAAUAAAACCAACAAUAUUUAACACUUUGA